AUGGCAAGUUGUCUGACACUUCUUCUGUCUACUCUGGAAGAUUUGAAGUCGAAAGAGCUGAAGAAGUUCAGACUGUACCUGAGUGAGGGGGCGCUGGAGGGCUUUGCUCGCAUGCCGAGAGGGAAGCUGCAGGAGGACAGUGAUGCCACAGACAUUGCCAUUCAGAUGACUGAGAUGUAUGGCAGUGAAGACUCGCUGAAGAUCGCGCUUCAUAUUCUGAGAGAAAUAAGACAUAACGAGCUUGCUGCUGCCCGACCUGGAGCCUCUCUGCACUCAGCUGCUGGUGCAGGAGGAGGUGUGGAGGAUGGAGCCAGAGGCACUGCUGCUCAGAUGAUGGCUGAACAACAGGAUGAUCGCCCUGCUUUACUAAAUUAUUCUGUUAAAUCGAUCUGGGAGCAGGCCUUAGCUAAAGCCACAGAAGAAGAUCAUAGGUUAGAUAAUGUCACUCUCAACAUUGCUGUGACAGGGCACGUUUCUGUAGGAAAGUCCUCCUUCGUUAAUGCCAUCAGAGGUCUGAAACAUACUGAUAAAGGAGCUGCAGCCAUUGAGGUCUGCGUAACGCAAGUAGUUGCCGGGUUCAGCCUCACAAACUUAAUAGGUGCCAUCUUCCCUCUCCCAACCCAAAUAGGUGCCAUCUUCCCCCUCCCAACCCAAAUAGGUGCCAGCUUCCCCCACCCAACCAUGCCCAAUGUGAUCUUAUGGGACCUGCCAGGCAUAGGGAGCAGAACAUACAAAGCAGGAACCUACAUGAAAGAUGUAAAAUACCAAAACUAUGACCUCUUUAUCAUAGUAUGUGAAUCAAGACUCACAGAGAAUGACCUCAGGCUGGCAGAUGAAAUCAAUAAAACGAAGAAGAAAUUCUACUUUGUUCACACAAAGGCUGAUAUUGAUGUAUCACGAGGAGAGAAAAAGGGAGUACCAAUGGAGGCAACACUUCAAAACAUACGGGACAAAUAUUUGGAAAAUUUCAGAACAUUGGGAGCUCAUCCUGUCUUCAUCAUAACAAGCAAUGACCCGACCAGGUUUGACUUCCCAGAACUGGUAAAUAAUCUGGUGAGAGACAUUCUACUUAUGAAACAGGAAAAGCAGAACAACACCAGUCCAUUGAAUUGUAUGGUACUCUAAUUUCUCAGAAAAUAUCUCAAAGAACCAAAACUUCCAAUUCCAAUUGGAGAAAAACGAAUUAUUGAGACACAUCUUUCUGCUUGCAGCCGGCAAUAUAGCAGCAGCUGGAGUAUCUUUUGCCCCAACACACAUCAGUGCUCUUAGGGGCUGAAUGAGCUGUAUAAUGUGGCAAAAUGUGAUUGGAAUAGCAGGACUAAUGUAAAAAAGACAUGUAAGACAUGCGAGUAAGGUAAUUCUAUGAAACAAGUAUUCAUAUAUUAAACUGUAA